GACUCUGUAAAGUCUGUGAGUCACUGCACAACCCAUCAAUCCAAUUAAAUGUCUUGAGCGAGCUGAGCAGGCGGUGCUGCCGCCACCGCCGCUCACCCAGCCGCGGCCGCCCCUGCUUGCAGCGCCCCUCUGAUCCAUGGCUGUCUGUCUGUACUUGUUACGGUGUAACCUCCUCCUCCUCCUCCUCCUCCUUAGGAGCCGCUGCAACUUCCCCCCUGCCAGCCUCCUCCUCUGCUUGGGGACUGCAAAGGCAUGGGAUAGACCCAGAGCCACUUCUCUCUAUUUCCCCUCCAGCCCUCGCUCCAUUUCCCCCCUUUAAAUUAAAGUCUGUUCCUCGCGCCUCGGCGUUUUAGAGAUUUAUUUAUCAGUCUAUUAUUUCCCCCGAUUUUAAUUUUCCCUCCCUGGGGCACAGGGUCGCAGGGGCAGGGGAGUUCAUUUUAGGAAAGGGGCUCUCCACCCGCCCCUCCGUUUCUCCUCCGCUUUCGGUCGUGACUUGAUUUCCCUCCUCACCGCUCCCACCCCUCGAACUCACCGUCCUGCACUCGAGUGACGCACCGACACCCCCCGCCCACAGCUCAGACGUCCCCUCCCUCGCUGCCACCCCGACCCGUCUCAGAGCUGGACCCGGUGGCGACUUCUUCGCGGACGGAUAUAUGUUGGGUAAAGGAGGAAAACGGAAGUUUGAUGAGCAUGAAGAUGGGCUGGAAGGCAAAGUCCUGUCUCCCUCUGACGGUCCAUCCAAGGUGUCUUACACCUUACAGCGCCAGACUAUCUUCAACAUUUCCCUUAUGAAACUCUACAACCACAGGCCCCUCACAGAGCCCAGCUUGCAAAAGACCGUCUUAAUCAACAACAUGUUGCGGCGGAUCCAGGAGGAGCUCAAACAGGAAGGCAGCCUGAGGCCGGUGUUCACCCCGUCGGCCCAGCCCAGCGACUCGCUGAGCGACAGCUACCGAGAGGCCCCGCCCGCCUUCAGCCACCCUGCGUCCCCGCCCACUCACCCCUGCGACCUGGGAAGCACUACUCCCCUGGAGGCCUGCCUCACCCCGGCCUCGCUGCUCGAGGACGACGAUGACACUUUUUGCACUUCCCCCGCCGUGCAGCCUGCGGCGCCUACCAAACUCUCGCCUCCAGCUCUCCCGCCGGAAAAGGACAGCUUCUCCUCCGCCUUGGACGAGAUCGAGGAGCUCUGUCCCACAUCUACCUCCACAGAGGCCGCCGUGGCAGCGACUGACAGCUCGAAAGGGGGCGCCAGCGAGUCCAGCGUUCCGAAACCCGAAGGGCUCCAAGAGGGCCGCCCCGACGACCCGAAACUGAUGGACUCUCUGCCUGGGAAUUUUGAAAUCACCACGUCCACGGGGUUUCUCACGGACCUGACCCUAGACGACAUCCUGUUCGCCGACAUUGACACGUCGAUGUAUGAUUUUGACCCCUGCACAUCCGCGUCGGGGACAGCCUCAAAAAUGGCCCCCGUGUCCGCGGACGACCUCCUCAAGACUCUCGCUCCUUACAGCAGCCAGCCCGUCGCCCCGAGUCAGCCUUUCAAAAUGGACCUCACAGAGCUGGACCACAUCAUGGAGGUGCUCGUCGGGUCCUAAGACCGAGGGGGGCCCGGUGGCUGUGCCCACCCAGAGCCUGCGAGUGUCCCUGCGCCCUGACAGCUCUCCGCACUGUGCAUGCACCCUUGCUUGCCUUUUUCAGAGAAAAAGAACAUUUUACAAAAGGAUCACACUAGUUUUUGCUUUGAGCAGAGUUGGAGUGCCUUCAUCCAAGUAUGACCACUUUUCAUACACUUUUUUGAGUGGUUCCUCAGAGACCUACAACCCUGGACUAGGAAAGAAUACAUCGGAACACAAUGUUGCUAUAUCGAAUGGCAAAAAUAAACAGUUCAAGUGAAGCACAAGAGAUAAAUACGUUGGGAAAGCUGUAAAUUGCAUGUGCAUAUUUGUCUAUUUUUUCUAUAAGUUUUAUUGCAAGAGGUAAAAAAAAGAAAAUAUAUAUAUAUAUAUUAUUUAGAUAAUCUCAGUACCUUUUCUGGCAUUUUUGCCCUGUAUAAGUUGACUUGGCAAUUCAGCCUUUUUAGAGGCAUUAACUACUCCUCUUAAGUGUUGCAUUUACAUGGCUGUUUAGAAACUGCUGCCCAAAUUUAUUUUAUAUUUUUGUACAGAUUCUGCAGUUUAUGAUAUUGUUUUUCUAAAAACAAAUGCUGUUUAUACAUAUGAGAUAGCUAUUUUGAUAGGAUUUGCUCACAUAGUUCCUGCAAACUUCAGAUGUACAAGUUGCACUUGUACUUUUAUAGCGUUGUAAUGUUUUAUAUGUGUUUGGUGCAAAGAGAAAAUUGAAUCAAAUCAAUCUACAGUUGAUGUCCCCAAAUGCAGGCAGACACACACACACACACACACACACACACACACACACACAGCGCUUUAAGAAAGAGCCAGGUGAUAUCACACCCAGAUUUCACAAGCACCGACCCCUGGCAUGAACACCCGCCAGCACUGUGACUUCCAAAGCCAGAGCCACGUCUGCUCAUCAAACUUACAUUAAGCAGUUGGCGGGAGGUGGCUGUGGAACUCGGGAUUAAGUGAUGGUUCUCUUUAGCUCCCUCUCUUGAGGGGAAAGCUACCGAAUAUUCACUGUAUUUAUGCCAAGUUUGCGCUUUUAAUUGUUUUUAUUUUUUUAAACGAAAAUCUAGAUCUUUCCUUUUUGGCAAAAUUUUUAUGAUGACCUGAAAUUUUACAUGCGAACAAAAUUUUAUGAAAAGCAAUCAACCUCUUCAUGGAACUAAACCCUACUGCAAUGCUUAGGACUCAUACAGAAAAAAAAAAUCUCCCCCAGAAGGCAUCCAUCAUGUUGCUCAGUUGUCUUUUCCAGCUUCCAUUCCCAAGAGCUUUACCUUCUCUCUGUUGCUAAGUGCUGAAAAUGGCAUCUUUCCUGAUCACCACAGUGAGCUCGGCUCACCUCGGCCCAGCCUGGGAUGCACUCUUGUAACGUCCGUGGCUCUUGAACCUGGAGUUGGUCCCAUUAUGUCACGGCUUCCAAUCUGGUUGCUUUCUUGAAUCAACUGCUUUAACUACAAGGCUGUUUUACCCAAAUACGCAGACAGGACACUCUAUGCAUGUUUCUCCUCCUUCCCCUUGCCACUACCCCCCUACCACCAACCCUCCCCCCCGGACACUUGAGAAGUAGCUUUUUAUUCCUAGUGGUGUACAUUUAAUUUUAAAAUGUUUGCAAUGUAUCAUGCUUGUUGCGGGAAUUGUUUAUGGCCUUUUCUUUUCAGUUUUUUCUUUCUUCCAAUGGUACUUUAGCUGGUUACAACCUAUAUUGUUGAAAUGCAGAUGGCUUCUUUAGGAAUAACUUUUAUAUUUAUUUAAGAAUUUUUAAAUUAUGGGAUUUGUGUUUUUGUUAUUGUCUUUGUUGUUAGUCAUUUGUCAAUAUUCAGUCACCAAUUCUGCUCACUUCUUGCCAUGGAUAAAAUUGAGUCUUUCUGGCCAAUUAAAAAAAGACAGCUUUAUAAAAUGGCACUUUAAACAAGCCACAGAUCGUUUUAUUUUUAUAAUGCACAUGGCAAAACAAAUACAUUUGUGAUGAAGGAACUGCUCAUCUAAUCAAAAGAUUCCUGUAUGAUAUGAUUAAAUCUUUCUACAUCCUAAUUUACUUUCUUCCCCCACUUGAAUGUGUUUUUAAAGGCUAAUUAUCAACUCAGGAGAGCAGUGAGAAAAGAUCAAAUUGUACUUGUUCUCCUACAAGCAACCUCCACCAGGGACACCUCUUACUGCUGCAGAUGUGUCAUUUCCUUAGGUAGGACCAGGGACCAUAUAGUUAAGGUGAGGGUUGUCAUAGAUGCUUCUGGUGUCACUGUGCCUGCCCAUUUUAAGAGCUUCCUUUUUCUGUGGAGAACAAGUCUGCCCAGACGCCAUGCUUUUAACUGGAGGACCUGGGAAACUUCCCACGUGCUGCACACUUAUACGCAUGUAUACAUACACAAUAGUGUUGAUUAUUCUGAACAAUAACAGGGUAAGGCGGUUGAUUUGCCAUUGUUAAAAACUGAUUUACAGUAACUUAGAACAACUGUACUUUGGUUGGAUUAGCAAAUCGUGUGUUUAAACAAAUCCCAUAUGUUGGGCAACAGUUCACAUAAGCACAGCGAAGUGUUGCCCAAACGUGGUUCUCUGACUCUCUCAUAUUUAUAAGGCUGGGCUUCAAAAUCAAAACAAAUCUCCCCCCCGCCCACCAGCAGCAGGCAAAUGCUUGUUAACUCUGGACACCCUGGCCAUAAAUUCUUGAUAUUCAAGGUCUACUGAGGAAGACAUGGGAAAUGAAGGGCCCAUUUUAAAAAGAACAAAACCAUCAAGUGUUCAAGUUAUCUUGUGUCUUAUUUUUACAAGGUGAUGUCCCCACAGGGAAGAAUCAGAGCCUGGGUGUGAUCUCCACGUCCUAGUUUGAGUGGGGGACGUGCUUCCCGAUGCCACCUGGCUGCAAUACGUUCCCCUUCGUAAAGGACAUGGUGUGGCAUUCAGAGGCGGGCAGGCAGUUUGAGGUGCCUUUAUGAAAAAGACAUGCUGGAUGGGGCUGGGAGAGGACAAUUAUUGACAGUGACGUGCAAUGAAGUGACAAGAUGAGAGCAGAAUAAUAAGAGCUUUGAAUUUGAAGUGAUUUUUUUUUCAUAAGUUAUUUAUUCCUUUUUUCUGUGUAAAUAUAUUUAUUUUACUGUGGAGCUCUAACAACAUCUGGAUCGUAACAUGUGCAGAAUGUAUGGUAGGAAUGUAUUCUCUUGUAGGAAUGUCAAUCUGUAUUAAAAGGGGGUCCACGCCAGACCCCUGGGUCUUAUUGUAUGCACAGUCCACAUUCAUUUUUACUCUAUUCUCUAAUAUGGGUCUAUUUGAAAUAUGCAAAAGGUAUAGAUGAGGAAUGUUUUAAUACCUCCAAAUUUUUAAGAAAAUCGAGCAUCAAAGGGUUGAUAUUUUUAAAUGUUUUUUAGUAGCACUUUCUCUUUAUGACAGAAGGGGCAACCAUACCGACACCCUCGUUCACACCAAAGGGUGAGACCUAGCCAGAGCCUCCUUACACCUUGAGUGUCUUUAUCAACCGAGCUUUUUAUUGCCAUAGCCCCUUGGAGUCCCAACUGCCCUGAGGUCGAUCAAGGAAAAUUUCUUAAACAAAUAAGCUCCAAAGAGCCAAAGUAUCAACUUACGGAUUGUUUUUACAGCUUAAAUUUAUUAACCACCUUUGUGGUAAACAAAGAAUUAUGAAUACCGCAGGGCAGCCUUCUUAAAUGAAAAAUAUAAAAAAAACAACAAUCGUCUACUUUGUGCAGCAAUUGUUAUUCUCUGUAUGAAUUGUCUUAAUUUCAAAACCUUGCUGUUACAAAUUGGGCCUUUAUACAUUUUCUGAAAACACUGAAAAGAGCAUAUUUAACCUGUUCUGGCUGUAAAUGGUUAACGUUCUGUCAUUGCUGACGACAGCAAGGUGUGUGCAUCCUGCUGGUGUACAAUUGUUUUCAGUGCUUCUAAGAAUGAGGCUAAAUGGUUCUUGAAAAUCAGCCAGGAUCAAAUGCUAUUGCAGACAAAGCCAGUACAAAUUUUGGAUGUCUUUUGGGGAUAACAAGUUUGUAAGAGAAGUGCAGUCCAUACAAGGAAACAAGCAAGAGUUUGGAAAAGAUGUACAUAGUUUGGUGCAUGGUUUUUUUGAGGAGGGCUUUUGUCACAAAAAGGAGGUGUAACCUUUCCCCUACAGACCUGAGAGCUGUGCCUUUUCUAUGCAAUAUUACAGACGUUACAUCGGAACCCAGAUGGCUGUAUUCACAUGUAGGUUUGGGCUGUAAUCUAAACAAUUGGACAGAUUAAAUGUACAUGGAAAUGAGCAGUCUUACUUUUGUAGUUUUAUAUUAUACAAUAAACAGUUAAAAGAUGA